UAAGACGAGGUUGCGUGUUUUUACAGCCACACAGCCAAACCCUUUCUGAUCGCUGUCUUUAUACAUCGUUUAGCCUCUUAGAACCUCGUUUUAUGCCAGUUACUUGUAUCGUACGGGAGAAUGAGCGAAGUCAUGGGUCCGUGGGUAGCGAUGACACGUACAGCCACGGUUUACUCGCGAAGAGAGGAGGAAAGCUGUCGUUAGAGAGAGAGCUUAUCGAGGAAGGUGGUAUCUGUGUUAGAUUCACAGCUAGGUGCCGAUACAAGUUUUACGGAUGCUUUUAGAUACGGUCUGAAAAAAAACCUUCGCUCUCAGUGUUGGAAUCUGCAUUUUAAACGUACAUUAGCUUGUUUUCUUUAAAAUAAAAAAUGACUUCAAGAGGGGGGUACCCCAUUAAUGCUGGUCCUCCGGUCGCCCCUAACAUUAACCCCAUGAGCGCUGGGCACCCAGGCGGCGUGAGGAUGCCGCCGGUCAUGCAGCAGAGCCCCGGCUUCCGACCGAUGAGCCCGGCCGCUCCUCAGUACCAUCAGCGCCCCAGCAUGCCGCCCAGCCGAGGGGUGCCCAUGGGAGGCAUGGGGGCCAUGGGGGGGCCUGUCCCAGGGCCAUCGUAUGGUUCCAGCAUGCCCAUGCGACCGGGAAUGCCACAGCCCUCCAUGGAUCCGUCGCAUAAGAGAUUUCUGCAGCAGCAGGGCAUGGCUGUUCACCGGCGCGGCGUAAAAAGGCGCAAAAUGGCUGACAAGGUACUUCCACAGAGGAUCCGGGACCUGGUCCCAGAGUCGCAGGCUUACAUGGACCUGCUAGCCUUUGAGAGGAAGCUGGAUCAGACAAUCGCCCGCAAGCGCAUGGAGAUCCAGGAGGCCAUCAAAAAGCCAAUUACGCAAAAGCGCAAGCUGCGAAUAUACAUUUCCAACACCUGCACACCUGGAAAACCCGAGGGUGAAGAGACUGAGAAGGUGGCGUCCUGGGAGCUGAGGGUUGAGGGCAAGUUGCUGGAGGAUCCAGGGAAGUAUAAGAGGAAGUUUUCCUCCUUCUUCAAAAGCUUGGUCAUCGAGCUGGACAAAGAGCUAUAUGGACCAGACAACCACCUUGUAGAGUGGCACAGAAUGCCCACCACACAGGAGACUGACGGCUUCCAGGUGAAGCGGCCAGGCGACGUGAGCGUUAAGUGUACCCUGCUCCUCAUGCUGGAUCAUCAGCCGCCCCAGUACAAGCUGGACCCACGUCUGGCCCGGCUGUUGGGGGUGCACACACAGACCCGGGCGAGCAUCAUGCAGGCACUGUGGCUGUACAUUAAGAACAACAAGCUGCAGGACUGCCAUGAGAAGGAGUACAUCAACUGCAACCGCUACUUCCGCCAGAUCUUUGGCUGCGCCCGCAUGAGGUUCUCCGAGAUCCCCAUGAAGCUGGCAAGCCUUCUACAGCACCCUGACCCCAUUGUCAUCAAUCACAUAAUCAGUGUGGACCCCAACGACCAGAAGAAGACAGCCUGCUAUGACAUUGAUGUGGAGGUGGACGACCCUUUGAAGGGACAGAUGACCAGCUUCCUGUCUUCCACCACCAACCAACAGGAGAUUGCCGCAUUAGAGAUGAAGAUCCAUGAGACAAUUGAAUCCAUUAAUCAACUGAAGACACAGAGAGACUUCAUGCUGAGCUUCAGUACUAAUCCGCAGGAGUUUAUCCAGGAUUGGCUCAAAUCACAGUGCCGUGAUCUCAAGCUGAUGACCGACAUCGCUGGUAACCCAGAAGAGGAGAGGAGAUCCGAGUUCUACCAGGCGCCCUGGGUCCCGGAGGCUGUGGGCCGCUAUGUCUAUUCUAAGGUGCAGCAGAGGAGGCAAGAGCUGGAGCAGGUGCUGGGCAUUCGCCUGACCUGAAACCCGAGGCCUUCCUCCUCACCCCCACCCCCCGGCAAGCGCCACCAAAUGGUCAAGCCAGGAAUCUCACCCAAGUGUGUUGUGAAAUCAAAGCUGGAAACCCCACAAACUGUAAAACUGGAACCAGUUAAAACCUGCAGUUUCAUCUUUCCAUUUUUUUUCCUUCUGUGAAGUUUGUAGAUAAAUUUACAAACGGUUUCGACAGAAGUGUUACUUGGGCAGAUUUGGCCAUUUAAACUUAUUUUACCUUUUAGUGUUUGUUUUAGUAAGUAUAUUGUGAAAGAGAAACAAACAGAAUUAUUUUGAGUUUUUACCUUUUGCACUCUUGUUUUUCCCUAUGGACAGAAGUGAUAAAAUACACUUUUGAAAAUCUUGUUUUUCUGCAGUAGUACUUAAUUUUUUUCUUAUUUUUUUAAACGUACUUUACUUGUGAAGUUUGACAGGUAUUACCAUAUAUGCAAUUUAGUUUUGUAAAGUUUUAAAAUAUAGCUUUUGGUUAAGAGGUGUGUCUUAUUGCACAGUUUAUGUGAAGGGAUAUUCUUCCCUGUUUCAGGAAGCUUCAUUUGCAUUCUUUUUUUUUGUAAGUAUCUUUGCAAAAGCCUGAAAUUUACAAUAUUUGGCAAAAUUUUGAGGUUCAUCCUCAAGUAUGCAAAAAUGUCUUGUCUUUGGUAUUCUCAGGAAAUCUUUGCGCAGUGGCGUAGAGCUGAGGAUGUUGCCUUCAUGGUGUAAGGGGUGGGGGGCUUGUAUUCACAAGGCCAGCUGUUCUUGGUCAGUAGUUUAACUUUGUUGGAAUGUUCAUGGUGUAUUUUGUCAUGUUGUCAGGGUGUUGCACUGCAGGGUAAGCCAAGAGAGGAAUAUUAACUGGGUUUGGUGUUCUCCAGAGACUUAAAAAUGUGAAAUGUGAUAUUGAUUUUAAGUAGGAAUCCAAGCCAUACAUUUUGUCUUUCCAGAACACACACAAAUUCUAGAUUCUUCAUGUGUAAACCUUUUCUACCACUUGGACUUUGCUGAUUGAAGCUGAAUCAGGUUUAAUUUUCAGGUUACAAAUUUUGAUAAAUCACAAUCAUUCCAAAAAUGUAUUAUGUUGUUCUGCUUACAUAUGCUUGUUACUGCAAAGUUAACUUUAUUACAAGGUAGUAUUGCUUUUUAAUGAAAGAAAUAUUAGGUUUUUUUUUUUUUUUUUUGACUGGUUUCCUUUCAAGGCUUAAUUGUUCUUUUUUUGUCUUCCAUGAUUUUGUAAGGUGACUAAAAUAUGACUGAUGAUAACCACUCGGCAAGAUACUUGUAAUUGUAUAUCAAUGUUUUUUUUUUCUUAGCGUAUUAGUGGGAGUAGCAUUUUAGGGAAAGUAUCGGAAUAGGAUGUUUUUUUGCUCUCCCCUCCGUGGGACUCAUGCUAAUAAACAAACAACUCUUAUCAUAGUAGAAAACUUUGGCUGACCAGCACUGCAGCAACCUUUGGGCUAAAUGAAAAAAGAGAAUUUGAACUCUGCAGUGUAGAGGGGAUGUUUUCCACAAAGGCUGUGCACAGGGAUAAUGCCAACCUUCCCUAGUUCAUUAGCCAUGUUCCAUGCCUGGGAAAACCAUUCUCUUUUUCUGUGGAUACGUUUCAUUUACACCGUACAGACCUGUCAUGGUGUGUAAUUCUCUCAGACCUUUGUGCCAUCUGCUUUCUUUUCAGUAAAAAAAAGACAAUGUUGUUACCUUUUAUACAUAUAUAUAUAUUUUUGGAUUACUUUUGGUACAUUUAUAAAAUAAAGGUGCGUUCUGCAAUCCAGA